AUGGACAUCAGGGCGGGCGCUCCGGAGGCGAAGGCGGGACGGGAGUGGGGGCUGCCGGCAUCGAUGGUGCUGGUGCAGCUGUUCAUGGCGGGGAUGAUCGUGCUGUCCAAGGUGUCCAUCGCCGGCGGCAUGUUCAUCUUUGCGCUCCUCGCCUACCGCGGCCUCCUCGGCGCCGCAUUCGUCGUCCCCUUCGCGCUCGGCUAUGAAAGGGGUAAGUGGAGGGAGAUGGAUUGGCACGCCACUGGAUGGAUCUUCCUCAAUGCCUUGAUCGGGUACACAAUGCCAAUGAGCCUAUACUACUAUGGCCUCCGCGAUACAACACCAUCUUAUGCCGCCAUCUUUAUGAAUAUAAGUCCGUUGUUAACCUUCAUCCUCUCGCUCAUCUUCAGAAUGGAGACGUUGCAAAUCCGGAGCAUAGUUGGAUCACUGAAGAUCGUAGGCAUUAUGCUCUCUAUUGGAGGCACUAUGCUCAUUAGUCUUUACAAGGGCAAGAUAUUGCAUCUUUGGGAUCCCAUCCUAGAGCACCACCACAGAGAAUUGACGACUAAGGUUGCGGGAAAUCAACUAAGAGGAACAAUAUUCUUGGCAGGCAGCAGCUUCACGUUUUCUUGCUGGUACCUGACUCAGUCAAAAGUUCUCAAGGUGUAUCCAUACAAAUAUUGGUCAACUAUGGCGACAUGCUUGGCUGGAGGAUUUCAGACAACACUAGUUGGAAUAAUAUUGAGUAGAGACAAGAACACAUGGAAGCUAGGUUGGGAUCUGAACCUUGUGACCAUCUUGUACUCGGGGGUACUUGCAACGGCGGGGAGAUAUUGCAUGACCUUGUGGGUCGUGUCCAAGCGAGGCCCAACAUAUCCUCCGAUGUUCAACCCAUUAUCUGUGGUGUUUACGAUUUUGUUGGACUCAAUCUUCAUAGGCGACGAAAUUACUGUGGGAAGCCUAGUUGGAACGGCAAUGGCGAUUGUUGGGCUCUAUAUUUUCAUAUGGGGAAAAUCAAAAGAAGUGAAUGAAAAAUAG